UAUUCCUCUGUACACUCAUACCUUAUGUCAAUUAAUGUUAUUGAUAGUACUGAGUAUUUCAUAACAGAUCAGGUAUUAUACAGAGGAAUUAUAUAUGCGAAAAAUUUUGUAAUUUGUUACGGGCAAAAUGAUGUUGGCGAUUAUUUAUUGUGUAAAAUUAAUAAUAUACUAUUAAAUUUUAAAUUGAGCACAUGUACUUUCAUUGGAACUUCAGUUGUUGUAUCGUCUGAUCCCAUUAGUGGAUUAUAUUUCGCUAAUAAUAAUGUUUCUGAUAAAUUAGUAUACAUAAAUGUAAUGUCUUUGAUCUGCAUAGAGCCUCUUUUGGUGCAAAAAGUUGGUAAUUACCAUCAGUACUCUUUUAGGUCUGCACCACUUGAACUAUAACUAUCACACACAUUACAUUGUAUUAUACCGCUUAAAAAUGACGCUGUUUAAAGUAUGGGAUUCGACACGUAAUAAACGGUUUAUGGUAAUGGUUCCUGAUGGAGAGGAUCUGUAUGAACAAAUAGUACUUAGAGCUUCUACCAAAUUACAAAUAAAUGGGGUAUCGUUAGUGCUAGAAGAAGAUGGUACAGUGAUUGAUGAUACUAACGUACUCCGUGAGUUAAAGUCUGAACAAACACUUUUGCUCCUAACUGCCAACGAGAAAUGGACGGAGCAUUUAAAUUUGACAACGACAGAAUCAAGAACGUCAGGAUUUAGUACGCCGACAUCUGCUACAUCUUCAAUGCUAUUAUUUAAUAUUGAAAGUAGUGAUAAUAUUGCAAAUCUGAAUGUUGAAAAUGAUAACACUGAAAUUAAUAAUAUUGAAAUUAAUAGUAUUGAAAUUAAUGAUAUUGAAAAUGAAAUGAAUGUAAUGAAUACUGAAACAUUAUCUAAUAGAAAUGAAGAACUCGACUGGACUAGAUUCCAAAUACCUUGUCACAAGUUCCCAGCUAACUACUUACAUUUAUAUGAACAGGGGACAAAACACCAACAUAUUAUUACAGAUAUGGUCCACAUAAUUGUAAAUGUAUUAAGAACCAUAGAUACCCAACCACCGAUGCGUACACUCAAAAAUAUAGCUAGAGAAAUAUCGUAA